UGACACUUUUUAGGUUCUGUCAUGUGAAUUGGUGAAGUGAAAUCCCGCAGACAAAUUUUAAGUUUGAUGUCUAUAUAAAGUAUGGUUUUAGUUUAAUUUUUCCAAGACUUAAGCUCACUUGUGCGUUUAGGACAUGGGGGACGUUUAUCUGAGAGGUGUGGGACAUUCCAAUGGCAAAACCAGUGAAGGAGAUAACCUUCGUCUGCUGUCACAAGAUAGACGAGCGGCUCUCAGAGCGGCAGACCGAGAAGAUCGGGAGUCGCUCGUACUCUGGCGAAGGCCGAUAUCAACACUGCAUUAUUUUUUACUAGAGCUUUUCAUUCAUUUAAAGAGUUUACCUUCCAAGAUUUGGGAACAUAAAACAUUAGUGAAACUAUUCACUGUUUUGGUGCUUGUGAUAUUCUUACUCAACAAAUCUUCUGGUCCUCACCAACCUAUACUCAGAUGGGCGCAGAAGAGAUUUCUGUGGUGUGCCUACUGGUUUGGCCUAGGGGUGCUGUCAUCCAUCGGGCUAGGCACUGGCCUUCACACGUUCUUGUUAUAUCUCGGCCCGCACAUUGCCUCCGUCACACUGGCGGCUUACGAAUGCGGAGCGCUCAACUUCCCAGAACCUCCAUACCCUGAUGAGAUCAUGUGUCCGGACAAACCAGACCCUGUGUGGGCAGCUACCAUGUGGAACAUCAUGUGUAAGGUUUAUGUGGAGGCCAUGAUGUGGGGUGCUGGAACGGCUGCGGGAGAGUUACCACCUUACUUCAUGGCAAGAGCUGCCAGGAUCACAGGGUAUGAUCCUGAGGAUGAGGACGACCUCAGAGAGUUCGAGGAGUUCCAGAAAAAAAGACAGUUACAUCCUGAGGAUCUGACCCUCAUUGAACGUUUGAAGGUGAUGAUAGAGAACCUUGUCCAAAGAGUUGGAUUUUUGGGUAUCCUGGCCUGUGCUUCGAUACCCAACCCACUUUUUGACCUAGCCGGUCUUACUUGUGGUCAUUUCCUCGUGCCGUUUUGGACAUUUUUUGGUGCCACCCUCAUUGGAAAAGCAGUUAUCAAAAUGUUGAUUCAGCAAACAUUUGUGAUUUUGGCAUUCAACGAAGCGCUGAUAGCCAAAGCUGUCGAUGCCUUAGUCUCAAUCCCAGUGGUGGGGAAGCUUCUUCAACAACCUCUGAAGGAGUUUUUGGCCAAACAAAAAGAGAGAUUUCACCAUAAGGGAGGAACUGGUAAUCCAGAUCUUGGGGGUAACUGGAUAUCAAAGUUAAUCGAGUGGUUUUCUAUCUCGAUGUUCUUGUAUUUCAUCGUUUCCCUCAUCAAUGCAUUUGCACAAAGCUACCACAAGCGCCUCAAGAAGCUGAAAACCCAAAAAGAAUCCAAGGAUUGACUUUAUUGUUUGCAUAGAUAAUUUAUUAUGCGUUGUUUUGCGGUUUUGUAAAUAGUCGCUUGUUCUUGUUGAAAUGAAAGUUUAUUUUAUCUAUUUAUAUAGUAGUAAGUAAAUAUUAAGGUUACAUGCCUGUGCUGUGUUCAAUGGCUUUAUACAGAUUUCCUAUGAGUUUUGUACAUCGGAAUGUCAAAUUAUUACACGGUUUUCAAGUGGGCAAGAAUGUUUAAUGUACAAUGUAGUCAGUUUCAAAGACUAAAGUGUCACUACACUGUAGACCUAUUUAGUCCAAAUGAAAGCUACAACCUAUUAUUGCUUUAGUAUGUGUGGUUCAGUUCUAGGUUUAGUAUGUUAAACGAUUGUUCACGCACAUUUGACCAACAUUAUUAUUGUCUAUAUAGAACAAUUACUCGUAUAAUUUUGUUCAUAUUCAACUCAUGAUUCAAGAUUCAUAUCAUGUUUUAAGUUCAAACUCAAAAUUACUUGCCAGGAUUAUGGGAACAUUUGUUUGUAGACUGUAAUGUGUGAUAUUGCAGAAAAUGUUAAUUUUAAAGGUUUAAUUCCUUUAGUGUUUUGAUUUAUGUUUACAAUUUUGUUAUGCUAUUUAUAAGUACUUGCCACCUUCAACUCACCAGAGUUUAAGUUUUGAACAAAUUUUUUUUAAGCUUCACGAUGUUUUACCUUGUUAGUGAUGACAAGCUGUACCAUGUGGUGCUGUAGUUAGGACUAGAGGUUGCCAAGUCAAAUGGUUAGUUACAGUAACUUUUGUAUAGAACUAUGGAGCAUUUAGUCUGUGCAUUUUGCUGUCUGUAAAUGUGGAUCUAAAAUAAUGAGACCCUUUUUUGUGCCCUCGUUAAUUAUUUUGAAUGUUCAUUAUGUUUAUACACUAGAACCUCGAUAACAAGACUCUCAUGGGGAUUAUUAUAUAGGACUUGUUAUCAAGGUUGACUUCUUAUCGAGGUUUGAAAUAUCAUGUGAUAAUCACAUUUGAUUUGCGAUUUGAAAAUUACACAACGUUAUCAAGGGUGACUUCACUUGUCAUCGAUGGCCUUGUUAUCAAGGUUCCACUGUAUCUAAGAUCCUAAACUGUAGACUAGUGUCUUGUUGUAACUGUAGGCUAAGAUAAACAUGCUCAAAAUUUACAACAUUUACAUAAUAAAAACAUAUUUAUUUUUGUAUUAUAUAUUUAGUUCAGCUUGUAUUUGGAAAAAGGGGUUUGUACACUUUCGUGUUUUCUAGCAGUAAAUCAAAAGUUGCAAGAAGACAAUUAUUCCAAAAUAGACGCAAUUGAAGUACACAUUUUAUCCUCUUACCUACUGGAUGAGAUAUUUGCUGGACUGUACAUAAUCAACACUUACCCUUAAUAAUUGGUCCAAAAAUUAUUUAUAACUUAGUUAUAAUAUAAAUUAGAAACAAUUUUGAUACUUUAUCAUUGCAUUUGUUAUAUACUUAUGCAAUGUAUUUUUAGAAUUUGUUGUUGAUUAAAUACUAUGUUCAGUGUCUGGGAUUUAAUAUCAAUUAUUAUUAAUUAUCAGUGUUGGGAAGUGGUGUGGUGCUGUUUAUGUAUGGAACUUGUGAUGUCUAUCGCCGUAAAAUGGUAACAGUGUUUGUUUUAACGUUUUAAAAAUAUGGUAUUAAAUUGUGUUUGUUAUUUUUCUGUGCCAUUGUUAACUUCACGUUUUUUGUUAAUGGUCCAAAUCCUGAUCUUGGUACCUGAUGUUGACCUUUUAAUAGACAUCAUCAUUAAUGGAUACCAAUUCCACUAGAUUGACGGCCCCGGACUGCUGAAGCUCCAGGAUACUCGAGGCCCUCAAUAAAAUAGUUUCCCCAACACUGAUGAUUAGUAUUGUUUUAGUUAGUUAACUACUUUUCUUAAGUAGUGUCAACAGACGUUUACCAAUGUCACUACUAGCCGUUCUGUAAAAUAAUGACUGGCCAGGUGGUUCCCUCAACUGUAAUAAAUAAGUUCAUGUCAAACGUCAAACAUAAAUGCAUCUGCAAUCAACCAUAAUAAAGCUGUGUAGUGUAACAUUCAACCUUUAUGCUAGUCCUUAAGCUACAUAUAAAAAAAUUUUUAUGUUAUAUUAUCUUUAUAUUUAAACCUAAAUUUCAUUUCUUUGCAUUGAAAUAUGUUUUAUUUUUCUUUUGUUGUUUUUUCUGUUCUUUAUUUUUCUGUUUUAUUUUCUUUACAUAAUGUUAUACAAUAAAUUUACAAGGGGUACUGUAUUAAGAUGGCUAUUGCCUUUGACACUUUCACUAAAAGGAGCGUUAGAAACAAAGUACCUCUACAUAAGGUUUGCUCAAAAAUUAAUAUAGUAAGUAAAAUGUUUGAACGUGAAGUGCUCCUAUUGCAUAAAAUCUGUGAACUUUGACUUUUUGAAAGCGUGUUAAUUAGUAUGCAUGCAGUUAUUUGUUUGUAUUCCAAGAGUAUCUAGAAUUGUUGCGAGGUAAAUACAUUACCACAUAAUAAGAUUGACCUAACAUAAUAAAUCUAGCAGAUGAUUAAUGCAAUUUCUUUUGUUCCCAUAGUGAAUAACUAAGGCUGAGUUCUCAGGUUUGCUGAGUGUGGGACAUAGAACACGGUGUUGUUCAACAGCUAUCAACUGAAUAUGAGCUAAUUUAACUACACAUCAUGUUUCAAUCAAAUACAUUUACUAACAAAUUACCUAUACAAAAUUAACUGACCUAUGGAUAGCUUCAAAUUUGAAUUUAUGUACUGUAUUUAACAAAUUAAAUAAAUGAGACAGCUGUAACUUAAAAUCUAAGGUUAUUUACAGCAGCACUUGUAUAAAAAUACUAUAAUAAUCUUUUAUAAUCAAUUCCAUCAAAUGAUUAGAACAUUUUAAAAUGACUAUUACAUUAAUGUAUCAUGAGAUUUUGGGUAAAAUUCAUCACAGAUUUAGUUUGGACAUUAUUAAAUGCAAUGUUUUCUUUUCCAAUAAUCCCUCCUAGUUUUUAAGGGACUGAAAGUGUAAGCCAGUCAUUCUCAGUGUAAGUUUUAACCUACCUCUUUUAGUGUUUUGGGCUGUUUUGAUGCUAUGUCUAAAUCAGAUUACUUAAAGCUCAAGAAUAUUACAUGUUCUUUGUAUAAAUGAGUUUAUAAUUUAAAAGGGCUGUUUGUUUUAUCAUAAUGUGAAAAGAAUUUGUAAACCGUGCUAUUCAGAUCACAAUGAAAUAAAUAAAUAAUAAUAUGAGCUAAAUUUAUAGUUGCAAAUAUUUUUUCUAUGACAUGUUGCUAUUACUUAACCAUUAAGUGAGAGUUUACUGUGAGUAACAGAGUAGAGUACCAUGUGAAUUUACAAUCUCUUUGUGGUGUGUUUAGUUAUUUAGUCUUGUGGAUUUCAAUUUUCAAGUCAUCAACUGGCUCAGUCAGUUGAGUAUUUAUUUAACUCUUUGAUAUUGAAGUAGUCUAUCUAAAUGAGACAUUGACAAAAGUCUAAAAUCCUAUUUUCACCCAUAGUUCUUGUGAUAGUUGAUAAAAGAUUAUAUAGUUCAUAUAGGUUGUCCUUACAGUUUUGCUGGUUAAAAAAGUCAGUGAAUGCUACAAAAAUUAGAGAUUUACAUCAGCUUACUAUACCGUUGACUGGUCAAUUACAUUCAUUUGCAUUCCAAAACUGUCUACAACUUUAACACAGUAACGGAAUGUCAAGUCCUAUCCGUAGUCAAACCUAGACAUGAAUAUUAUGAGUAAGCAUUUCAGUGGCUGUUAUUGUACAGUGGAACAUGCUUAAUUCAAACUUCCAUCUUUUGUGUAGUGUGGGCUGUUGUUGCUUCCUAACCUCCUCUUGCUUUGUACCGUAUUGUUCACCAGUUAAUACUUAAUAGUUACUGUGAAACUCUAUUCAUCGUAUGAGUGCUGAUGGUAAUAUCAGAUUGGAGAUUUUUCUAUGCUUCAACAUUGGUUACUCUUUUAUAAGUCAAUCAUUUAUGUCGUCAACAAGGCUAAACCAAACCUAAAGUAAAAAAAAACAAAAAAAAAACAGUGGUAUAAACCCUAAAUUUACUGAAUAAUUGAGUUUCCAGUAGGUACAUUUUUGGAUCGAAAGAGUGACUUUUUUUUAUUUUAUGACCUAAUUUCUAAACUCAUUUAUUUGAAUAGUUAAACAUUUUCUGCUGGUCCCUUGGUACUUGAAUUAUCCAAGUUCCACUGUACUAUACUGUCAUAUCUUUUGCUUUGCUUUACCUGGUCCCUGCACAGGCCUAAUGCUGAUGAUAACCUCAAAUGUUCAGUUGAAAAAACUCACUGAAUUCUUUUUUUUUCAAAGAAAACUAAGAUGAAGAAAAUAUGCCACAUGAAGCAGUAUUUAAAAUAUUGUAUGGAUACUCUUCAAGCAAUAACUUCAAAAAUAUGAAUACAUGCCCUAGCCUUAUUUGAUAUUUUAUUUAACUUUAAAACUGACUUGAGAAAUAAUAUAACAAUGAAUAUAAAAGGGAGGGCUUUUAACUCAACCUUCUUUUCAUACCUUCAUAAAAAGAAAACAUCUGAAAAUAUUGUAUAGGUGAUUUUGUUCUUGAUUAAAAUUUUUUUGGAUUUAACCAAGACCUAAUUUAUUUUUUGUAUCUUUGUCAAGUUAAAAGAAAUUCCUCUAAACAAUUAAUAGUUGUAAACAAAUUCACCAUUUUGGGUUAUUCUUGUCUCUGUUCAGUUUUUAACAUUGAGAAAUAAUAAUAUAACAUAUUAAUACUAAGGUAGACUAUAUCAUAAUGCAAGUCAAGUAAAUAUUUACGUUUUAGGUUGUUUUCAUUUCCCAUGGGCGGAAUAACAUGGAGACUGACAUAAUUAUGGAACUCACAACUUCUUUUUUAGAAGACUACCAAAUCUUGUAGGCCUAAGGGUAUACAUAAACCUAAAUUGUGUAUAGAUCAAAACUCCUCUGGAAUAUUUUAUAAAAACAUAUUUUUUUAGGAACCUUACUUACUACCAUGUCCAUUUGUACUCCAGACGGUACUUGGCCUCAGCAACACAGCGCCUCCAUCUGUCUCUGUCCUCAGCAUCUUCUUCAAUUCCCAAAAGUCUCAUCUCUUGCUGGACCUGAUCCCACCAUUUAGUUAUUGGUCUUCUCCUGCCUGUGUCUUCUUCCUUCCACCAUUCCCUUGAGAAUGUUUUUCAGGUUUGAUUUGUAUUCUCUUCUUAGUAUGUGUCUAGUCCAUCUAAGUCUCAUGCUUCUUAUCCCUCCCAUAAGCUGAGUACACACUUAGUAGUGUUAAAUGCUACAGUAUUACAAUAUCUCUUUUUUAUAAUUAUUAAGAGGCAAAACAAAAAAUUUACCAUAUUAACUUGUAAUUAAAGAAGAAAGGACUUUUGCGUAAGUAGAUUAAGCUGUUACCACAAACAAGUUAAAGGUUCAACCCUUUGUUAUACCUAGUUUUUGCCUUUUUUUCUAUUCAAAUUAAUUUUAUAAUUUAGUUUCCACUAUUCUUUUGAAGAAUCUGGAUUAAAUAUUCCUUGGAUUUUGAUGUAUAUUUUUUUACUUCACCGUGGUAUUUUGUUCUUAAGUUUCCCUCUCAGUAAAUACAAUCAGCAGAUUUUUUUGGAAUAUUGUAAUUAAAAAAAUCAAACACCGCCUUGUCAAACUACUAACUACUAGAUUGUGCUUGUGGAAUACUUAGAGGGUUUCUAAUCCUGCCACUUUGAAUAUUACAGUAACCAAUAAUAAUGCAGUAUUUUAAAUUGUGGGCAUACUUAACUAAAUUGAAAAGUAAAAAAUACUUAUGCAAUUUUUUAAUUAAAAAAACAAAUUUGUAGGUACAUGUUUGUAAUUUGUUAACAUUGUAGGUAUCAACUCCUUCCCAUGUCUGAAUUAGGCUGGUUUACAAUAUUAUGAUUACUUACUUUACUUUUAAGAGCUCAUACAAAUAUAUGUUGCAUUACACAUUUAACUAUUACACAAAUUUAUUUAUAUUUCUACAAAGUUUGCUUUUGUCUCACUUUUGUUGGCAUGGCCGUAAAAUUUGUAAGGCUGAUCUCCUUAUUCCAACUGAUUAUUUUUUUGCCCUAGGAAUUAAUAGUAUAGCCCUGCUUUGCAUGUAUUGAAAACAGCGGUUUUUGCUACAGUUAAAUAUAAAAGGUUUCUUUGUAAAUUAUUUUUUACCUUCUAAAAUUUUUAGAUAGCUGCAGCAACUCAACAUGCACCUUAACAGAACUGUAUGCUUGCUUAAUAAGAUGGGGGCUGCAUUUACAAAAAAACCAGAUAUGCUGUUAUUUCUUCAAUAUAUCUGGUUUAGGUCAAUAGCAUUAUUCAAUAUAAUAUUCAAAACUUAAAAUACAAAUGAGUUAAAAAUACCAGAUAGACUUACUGCAAUGACAUCUCUACAUUUUACAACUUUGUCACACAAAACAAGUACUCUUUUAAAGAUGAAAAUUGCUUUACAAAUAACAUAUUUAAAUAUUAGUCUGUAUAACACAACUAAGUUUUGUUUGUCUAGUUCUGCAAGUUUCAUGCAGUAUUAUAUGUGUUUGUUGUUCUUAAUUUUUAGUAGGUACUUUUAGUUGUUUUUGUAGUAGGUAAUGGUUUGUUUUUGAUCAGAUCCAUUCCUUUUCACAUUCCUCCCUUCCUAUCUCAUUUGAGAGGACCAUGCUAAUAUUACCUCUACCACCACUGUAACAUACCAUAUGUUUCUUUCAAACAAUUUCUAAUUCGUUUGUGUUUGUGAAACAAGUCAUCAGAUUAGUGAUUGUUGGUUUAUGUUUCUUUUGUAAAUUGACAAUUUAUAAAAAUAAACUUUGUUGAUAACUU